UGUCCAUAAUCCAAAACUAUAAGUACCACCCCGCCAAUGAAACAAUUGCAGUUGGUUUGCGGUUUGUUGGAGUUCAGUUUCUUACAAGGCCCCGAAACUUCGUUUUUCUCCCUUUCUCUUCUUUCACUUUCCCCCAAUUACUUCAUCAGUCAUUUCUUCCUUCCAUCCGAAGCUCUGAAUUCCACCAUGAAAGCAAUCAAUUGAAGCAAAGAAGCGGAAAAUCCUCUACAACUUCUUGUGACGCAAUAGCAAGAAGCAGAAGAAAAUGAGCGCCGCGACUAACAGGACCGCCACUGCCGGCAAUCUCAGCAACAAUGGCAACACCACCAACCAACAAGAUCCCGCUUCUUACUUCCUCGCACUGGCGCGGCAGGGCUCGCCUCCGCCGGAGGGGUUGACGGGCGGGGCGGAUGAGGAAUACGAGCGGGAAGAUGUCCCGACGGAGCUCAACACGAUUAACAGCUCCGGUGGAUUCGUGGUGGUGUCGACGGAUAAGCUCUCGGUGAAGUACACCAAUGUCAAUCUCCACGGGCACGACGUCGGAGCUGUCCAGGCGAACAAGCCGGCUCCAGUCAAGCGGCUCGUGUAUUACUUUGAGAUGUAUGUGAAGAAUGCUGGUGCGAGGGGCCAGUUCGCUAUUGGAUUCACUAACGAGACUUUCAAGAUGAGGAGGCAGCCCGGGUGGGAAGCUAACACUUGUGGGUAUCAUGGGGAUGACGGCCAUCUUUAUCAUGGUCAUGGAAAGGGACAGCCUUUUGGACCAACAUUUACAACCAAUGAUACUGUUGGCGCUGGUAUUAACUAUGGUUCACAGGAGUUCUUUUUUACUAAAAAUGGAGCAAUUGUUGGAGCAGUCAAAAAGGAGAUCACGGGUGCCUUAUUCCCUACAGUUGCUGUUCACAGCCAGAAUGAGGAGAUUGAAGUUAAUUUUGGCCAAAAGCAAUUUGCAUUUGAUAUCAAGGCAAGUUGCUCGUUCUUUUCUUCUUUACCGUGCUUCUGUUGGAUUAACUUAAGUGUUUGUAUGAUGACAUUUGAAUAUGAAAGACUGGAAAGGAUGAAGCAACACUUAAGAAUUGAUAAAACACCUUUAUCCCCAAAUGCCAGCUACAAACUCGUCCGGUCGUACUUGCUGCAUUAUGGAUAUGAAGAAACUCUCAAUUCAUUUGAGUUGGCUACUAAGAAUACAGUUCCUCCAAUAUCCAUGUCUCAGGAAAAUGGCUCUGAUGUGCAAGACAUAAUGUAUGCAUUAAAUCAGAGAAGAGAGCUUAGACAGCUAAUCAGAAAUGGCGAGAUUGAUGCAGCAAUCAACAAGAUUCGUCAGUGGUUUCCCCAGAUUCUUGAGCCAGACUACCUUUUGCAGGAUGACAAGUCAGCAACUUGUUUUCUGCUCCACUGUCAGAAAUUCAUUGAAUUGGUUCGGGUUGGUGAACUAGAGGAAGCUGUAAACUAUGGAAGAAUGGAAUUAGCGAAGUUCUUUGAGUUGCCAGGGUACAAUGAUCUUGUUCAGGAUUGUGUAGCCUUGCUAGCAUACGAGGAGCCACUGCAAUCAGCAGUGGGCUAUCUCCUAGAAGGCACGCAGCGAGAGACCGUUGCAGACACAGUAAACGCCAUGGUGUUGCUGACGAAUCCGAACGUAAAGGACUUACAAGGCUGCUUGCAGUCGUAUCUCGAGAGGGUAGUGAGGCAACUGACUGUUUGCUGCCUGGAGAAGCGUUCUUUGAGCGGCAACCAAGGCGAGUGUUUCAGUCUGCGUAGGGCGCUUAACAGUAACUACAAUGCCAAGGGAAGCUAACCCCACCUCGUAAUCGUAGGGCAGGAGAAAACUGGGUUAUUUCUGGUACCCAUCCAAUGUUCACUUUUGUUGAAUUUGGCCUGGAAGUUGAAAAAUGCUUCUGGGUUCCUUUCUUACUGUACAUAUAGAUUUGUUGUUCAGGAAGAUAUAGUCUUUUUGUUGUAAAGACCCAUAUGAAUGUUGGUGCCAACGUGAAGAAUUGAAUUGUCCUAAGCUCGUAGCUGUUCCUGAACAAUCCUGUUUUGCUGUAGUCAAUUCAGUGGUAAAUAGCUCCAUAAUGCUUUGAAUAUGUACAGCUUUAGUAGUUCAUUGCUCUUCUUUUGGGUUUUAUGGAUAGAGGUUAAGAUGCUACUUUCUGCAGAUAAUG